CCAAGUUGAACCCUCCUCCCCAUCUUCUACGACUACCAAGUGAAGAGCAAUCUCCUCUGCGCGAUAUCAGCACACAUUUUUCCUAGCAUAUAAGCCUGUGCUCGACGUUUUGACAUUUUUCAUCGCGUUCACACUUCCACAAGCCUGUCAUGAACCGCGCCACUAGGGCCCGGAGGGGUGCUACGAUGCAGUCUACUCAGACAGGUCGACCUUCAACAGGCAAAGCAUCUUCUUCCCGUGCUCCCGCUCGGAAGCCCAGUCCGGAAGCGGAAGCUGGCCCUUCCGGGACUCGCACUCCUACGGACGGACAGCAGGCCACCUCCUCGCCUCGCACUCCCGAGAAUCGGAACAGGCCUCCCAACAGUGGUCCAUUUCUGCACACCCCCAUUGCAAAAAACGAGAACUCGAGUCAGGAGUAUGGGUUUGAUGGUGUAGAGGCGGAGAAACGUUAUUUGCGUCUAGCUGACGAGGCUCAGGACUGGACACUCGGCCCAAUGCCUGUUGUGGAUUUCUGCAAUAGUCUAUGUCCUGGCUUCAACGAGAUGUCAUUUGAAGGCAUGCCCCCCUCUGCGGGAGCCUUUGCGGAUGUUCCUGAGCAAGCCGAGAAGGAACAGGAACUCUACGUUCCACUUAUUACCGCGGUGAAUGGUCAGGGCGACCAAUGCAGAUGUCCAGGAAUCACGUUCAAAGAUACAUCGUCACGGGCGGAGACUUCGGGUCCCGGUGUGCAGAAGCCAGAUCUUUGCGGCUACCGAGAUGGUGUAGAGGUUCCCGAGAAGAAAAGCAAGAGCAGUGCGGCUGUUGCUCAUAUGGGCUACGCGGAAAUAUUCAUCGAAGUGAAACGCAGCGUAGCGGUCGACUUUUUCACGGAUCCCCCGAAGAAUGUGGAACGCUCAACGCACCAGUUCAUCCUUAAUCAUUCGUCGUUGAAAAACAAGGAUAUUGCAAAGAGAGCUCUCGGGCAGAAUAUUGCAUAUGCUACGGAGAUUCUUGCCCGGCAGCAUCGCCACUGCCUCUUCUCGUUGUCCAUGUCGGGCUCCCAUGUUAGAUUGUUCUAUUGGGAUCGUGGCGGGAUGAUUGUUACGGAAUCUGUCGAUCUGCAUCAGGAUCCCGAGUUGGUGUGCAGGUUCUUGUGGUGGUUCGGCCAUGCUAGCGACCAUGCCCGAGGCUUCGACAUGACGGUGGAACGGGUCACGGAUGCAGCGGAGGAGGAAAUGUUCAAGAAGGCGAUUGCUCAGCACGUCAAGGAGCAGUUGCUGCUUUCUGCUUCGGUUGAGGACGUUAUGCGCCCACCAAAGAGGAAGAAGCGAAAGGCGGCAGUUGAGGGACAAAUCCCAGAAGAUCAGGAACGACUGGAACGGGGUUUGCGCGAGCACUACGAGCCGGGCAAAGUCGCAGUCAUUCACGUGUUUGAGGAGGCUGGCGAGCAAGGCAACACAGAGGUUCGACCGGCCCGCUAUCUCGUUUCACGCCCUGUUAUAUCGCCCAUGUCGGUUGCAAGUCGAGCUACGCGCGGAUAUUGGGCGAUGGAUUUGAAUGGCAGCGUCAGGUUUCUGAAGGACACUUGGCGUUAUUGGGAUAAAAAAGAAGAAAUAGAGCCAGAAGGAACCAUUCUCAAAGACUUGAAACAGCACGAAAUACGGAAUGUGCCCAAAGUCAUGCACCAUGGUGAUGUGAAGCUAAGUAGUGAACAUGAUACAGAAUAUCAAGAGACGCGUACACACGAGUUCGUCGAAGCUCCGUGGAUGUGUAUAGGCACUGAGCUAGAUGGAAAGCCUCGAGAGAUCACGGUUAAACGGCAUGCCCACUAUAGAGUCGUUUUGGAUAUCGCUGGUUACAGCCUGCCCCAUCUUCAGAGCUCGAAGGAGCUUCUUCGCAGUACCCGCGACGUUCUCGAUGCAAUGACGGAUGUCUACAAAAAGGCCAAGAAGAUCCACCGCGAUCUAAGUGUAAGAAACAUUGUACUGUUUAGGAAGCCUGGCGAGGAUAGAAGGACCGGAUAUCUAAUAGAUUGGGAGUUCUGCUGCGGCAUCAAGCGUGUUUCAACGGGCCGCCAAUGGCACAUCACGGGCACCUGGCAGUUCAUGUCAUUGAACGUCCUGACUACCUCUAACUAUCUGCACGUUAUCCAAGACGACAUGGAGUCUUUACUCUAUGUCGUCCUCUACUGCGCUGCCCGAUGGCUCGGCCACAAUCGAUCGGAUCGUGGACUGGAGAACUUCUUUUCUGAGUUCUUCGACGAACACCUCGUCGACGGCGGAGAAGAUAAGGGCGGGUCAGUGAAGAUGAUCAAUAAAACCAAGCGAACUUAUACCGCCAGAUUCCAAUUCCAACCUGCCCCCUUGCAUGAGUGGUUAAAGAAAGCCAUGAACCUAAAUUGCUUGAAGGGGCAAUGGAAGGAGCAAUAUCCGAGAUCCUGGACUCUCGCCAAACUAGCGGCGAUGUGGGAUAAGAUCUUGAAGAUGGAGUUCCCGGAAGGAUCGGACAGAGUAGAACGCAAGAUCCGCAGUGUUGCUGCCGAAAGGCCACCCUUCAACGCCACCCAUACUUCCUUCGCCCCAGGUCUCGCCGUUGCGCAAAGUAGAGAGGAAGUGGCUGGUAAGGGAAAGCAACGCGCUGCGGGUACACGCUCCAGACAGGAGAAGAAACGCGUCGAGGAUACCACCGCCGGGAAGGGCAAACAACGCGCCGGGGAGCCAAGCUCUAGCCGAAGGAGGAAACACAGCGGUGAAGAACCUGUCGCGCUGGAUGACAGCGAGGUCGACGAGAAACGCGAUGGACGUCGAUGAGCAGGAGCUCACGGAAGCUAUCCACGAACGAACCCGCCUCGGCAAGCG